UUUGUAAGACAAAACUUGAGUCUUCAAGCUUCCAAUUGGUCUGCUAUAUUAGGAAAGAAGCAACGCACUUUAUAAGGAAGUAUCUGUUGGAGGUUUAAUGGUGAAUAUUUGGGUGACAGUUGUGACAGAUGAAAGAUUCUGUACUUUCUGUGUUUGUAUUGUACGCAGAAAGUACUGCUUUAUUUAGAAGACAUUUAAACUAGUUUGUUUUGUAAGACUGACCCAUGGCUGCUAUAAGAAAGAAACUGGUAGUAGUUGGGGAUGGUGCUUGUGGAAAAACGUGCCUGCUGAUCGUCUUCAGCAAAGAUGAGUUUCCAGAAGUUUAUGUGCCCACUGUUUUCGAGACCUAUGUGGCAGAUAUUGAGGUGGACGGUAAGCAAGUGGAACUGGCGCUGUGGGAUACAGCGGGGCAGGAAGACUACGAUCGCCUUCGUCCUUUGUCUUACCCGGACACUGACGUGAUUCUCAUGUGUUUUUCUGUAGAUAGCCCGGACUCUUUAGAAAAUAUUCCUGAGAAAUGGGUUCCAGAAGUGAAGCACUUUUGCCCCAAUGUGCCAGUCAUAUUAGUGGCUAAUAAGAAGGACUUGCGAAAUGACGAAAACGUCAGAAACGAACUGAGCAGGAUGAAACAGGAGCCGGUUAAGAUCGACGAUGGCCGGGCAAUGGCCAUACGGAUUGGCGCCUACGAUUACAUGGAGUGUUCGGCCAAAACUAAAGAUGGUGUGCGGGAGGUUUUUGAGACUGCCACACGGGCUGCACUGCAAAAACGGUCUAAGCCGAACGGAGGAUGUGCGAACUGCUGUAAAUUGUUGUGAACUUAUUCUGUCGACGUUCUCUUUGUGAUGGAAAUAGCGGAUCUUCUGCAGUCUGUUUUUAGGACAGGAACAGACACUCUUCCCGCGUGUGAGAGCCAUUAUCUGGCUGAAAUGGGUUGCUUCAGUUGAGUCACUACAUUAAUGACAAUUCAUGGGAGCUUCUUGAUGUAACUGUAAAUACUUUUAAAGUAAACUUAACAUAUUUGCACCUUAAGUAACACAGAUACUUGCGAGUCACUUUCGAAAAAUGCUGGUAUUUUAAAGAGGUUUAAAAUCGCCACAUUACUUUGUUACAGAAUGCAAAACUCACUUUGAUGUAGACAUAAAUAAAAAGUACUACAUUUCCUAACAUUUGUUUGUGUUUGCGUUUGGCACUUGGUGGCUCGCAAAAACACAAAACCUUUAUAAACUGCACACUGAUGCUUUACACACAUGCAGAGAGGGACAGACAGGCAUAUAGCUCUCCUGACAUCUGUAAGUCAGGUUAGUUAAGUUAUUACUUACCCGGAUACCCACACAUCUCAGAGACAUUGCAGAUGAGCAAACACUAAAAAAAAAAAAAAAGAAAAUUUCAGAUGAAAACAAACACAUCAACUAGACAUCUCUGAGAUGUACGUGUGCCAUGUUAUUCGCUAUCCAUCAGCCAUAACUUGCACUAUGAUUUACUUACCUGUGUGUGCACAAAUGCAUUGUUUAAUAGCUCUGGUUGUGUUUGCUAGUCCAUCUGGUGUAACUCAAAGGUCACUGGUGUGAGUCCCGGUACCGGCAGGGGGGGGUAGUGGGGGGGAUAGUAGGUGAGUGUAUAGCUUCCACCUUCAAUAACUGAGGUGGGACCCUUGAGCAAGACAGCCCCCACCGAACCCCCAGAUGUUCUCUGGGUGCCCACUGCUCUGUGUGUGUGUGUGUGUACUUGUUUUUGCUACAUUGUGGGGACUAUCCACAAGGAUAGUAAAACCUGAAAUUUUUGAUAUUGUGGGGACCGCAGGCUGGUCCCUACAAUGUCAAAAAAAUAUUAAAAAUAGUAAAUGGUGUUUAUCUGAAAAUGUAACGAUGCAAACAUGUUUCCUGUAAGGGAUAGGUUUAGGGUUACAGUUGGGUUAGGGGAUAGACAAUAUCGUUUAGUCACUAUAAAAACUAUAGAAGUCUAUGGAAAGUCCCCACAAUUCACAAAAACAAACGUGUGUGUGUGUGUGUGUGUGUGUGCGCACUUGGAUGGGUGAAAUGCAGAGCACAGAUUCUGAGUGUGGAUCACCAUAUUUGGCUACAUGUCACUUCCUUUCCUUUCCUUUCUUCAGGCUUUCUGACUCAGAGACUCAACUUUUUUUUUUUUUUUUUUUUCCAUUCCCCAGCUGUGAUCCAUGGAGAGUCUUUGGCAAUUCAAACAGUCCUCUUCGCUGUACAAUUUAGACACAUCCUCUUCCAGGCAGAUUUGUAACAUUUUCCACACAUCAUAACUAUAUUCUUUAAUUAUUCUCAUUGUGAUAGAUGUUUAAGGGAAUUUGGCCAUGUUGUUUUGUCAUAUUUUUGUCAUAUGAAUAUCCUUCUGAUAUAUUUUACACAUAGUAAUUUUAGGUUUACCAAUAAUUGUGGCCAACAUGUAUUAGAGAAAAACAUUUAUUCCAUAAUG